AUAUCAAAACCGCCUUUCUCCAGAUCUAGACACAGGUGCGCCAGAGCGUGACAAGAUCACGCCAAAUAGUUAGAGCAUGGUUCUUCGCUGGGGAAUUUGUGGUGCUGGAGUAAUCUCAAAUGAUUUCGUUUCAGCGCUUUUGGCUCCUCCAAAUAAUGUCCAUGAGGUUGUUUGUAUUGGAGCACGGUGUGUGAACAGAGCACAGAGUUUUGCAGACAAGUUUGGAAUUAAGUCAGCAUAUGGAUCUUAUGAGGAGGUUGCCAACGAUCCCAACGUUGAUGUUGUAUACAUUGGCGUGAUUCACAUUUCCCAUGUGACUCUGUCCAAGCAGAUGUUAAAAUCAGGGAAGCAUGUUCUCUGUGAGAAACCCAUGGGUGCGAGUUUGACUCAGAUCCUAGAGGUACAGGAAGUCGCCAGAGAAUUCGGCAAGUUCUUCAUGGAGGGAAUAUGGAGCAGGUGCUUCCCAGUCUAUCGUAAAAUCAAGGAAGAGGUGCUUUCUGGGAAACUGGGAGAAAUCAAGCAUGUUCAAGCCCAGUUCUGUAAGCCAAUCAACAAAGUGGAACGUGUUGCAAAACCGGAACUAGGGGGAGGGGGCCUGCAUAACCUUGGCAUUUAUCCCAUACAGCUGGCCACCAUGAUUUUCAACAAUCAAAAACCGGAAAGAAUUACAGCUGAUGGCACAUUAUCGGAUUUAGGAGUUGAUGAAGCUAGUUGUAUUACAUUAACAUACAAGAACGGCGGCAGAGCGGUUUUGAUCUACAGCACAAUGUAUGGUGCAGGAAAGAACAAUAAAGCAACGAUAUAUGGAACGAACGGGAUUAUAGAGCUGAAUGAGAAUUUCUGGUGUCCAGUAGAAGCCACACUACCAUCUGGUAAAGUUAGCAAUGAAUUGGCGGUAGGUCCUGUUUCAUAUAACUAUUCGAACAGUGGAGGCCUUCGGUUCGAAGCGGAUUGUGUGAAAGAAUGUAUUGAAGCAGGGAAGCUGGAAUGUUGUGAAAUGUCCUUUGCUGACAGUCAAGCUGUUUACCACAUUAUCGACGAGGUUGUGAAACAAAUUGGAAUGGAUGUAAAAUGGUGAUUGAAGUAUUAUUCCAUAUACAAAAUAGCGAUUUCAGUGCAGCAUUAGUGAGGUAGCAGCAUUCUUUACAACCGUAUCUAUACAGAUUCUCAUGGAUUAGUUACCAUUAAGAACGAUGUCAUAAUUGUGUUAAUUACAUGCAAUAUCAAUAAAUGCGUAUUUCUAUUGUAAUUUGAAUGUAAAAUUUA